GCCACGCUGCCUCCUCCGCGGGGACGCUGUGGGUGAGUGUUGGAGCAGAGCAGGCUGCGGUCAGUGUGCAUCCCAGGACGCGACGACACUGUAGCUGGAGCUCAACUUCUCAAGCUCAUCGCUUCUCACUUCGUGGCCGUUCGGAAACUUUUAACAACAAUGGGUUGCUUUGAGUGCUGCAUCAAAUGUUUAGGUGGCGUGCCGUAUGCAUCGCUGGUUGCCACGAUCCUCUGCUUCUCCGGAGUGGCCCUGUUCUGCGGAUGUGGCCAUGUGGCUCUCACUGGCACUGUGACCAUCCUGGAAACCUUCUUCUCCACAGUCAGAACCGACCAUGCUAUGCUCACUGACAUAAUACAGCUGAUGCAGUACGUCAUCUACGGCAUCGCUUCGUUUUUCUUCCUGUACGGGAUCAUUCUGCUCGCCGAGGGAUUCUACACAACCAGCGCCGUCAAGGAACUGCACAGCGAGUUCAAGACCACCAUCUGUGGACGCUGCAUCAGUGGAAUGUUUGUGUUCCUCACGUACAUCCUGGGUGUAGCCUGGCUCGGCGUGUUUGGCUUCUCAGCUGUACCCGUCUUCCUCUUCUACAACAUCUGGGCUACCUGUAACACCAUGAAGUCCCCGAUGGCCAACAUUACAAACUUGGACUCCUUUUGUGUGGAUGUUCGUCAGUACGGAAUUAUCCCGUGGAACGCCACACCAGGAAAAGCAUGCGGAUCUUCUCUUAUUACCGUCUGCGACAGCAGCGAGUUCUACCUAUCUUACCACCUGUAUAUCGUGGCAUGCGCCGGUGCAGGAGCCACUGUGAUCGCUUUGCUGAUCUACAUGAUGGCUACCACUUAUAACUUUGCUGUUUUGAAGUUUAAGAGUCGGGAAGACUGCUGCACUAAGUUUUAAGCUGGUUUAAGAGCCCGGCACCACACAUGACUGUGCCAUUUAGAGGCAGAUACCACUGACAACAAGGAAACUAAAAAAAAAAAAAAAAAAAAAAACAAAAGGAAACAAAAACCUGAGAAUAGAAAAGUUGACAUCUCUCAAUUAGUUAUCACACAAACUGUAAAUAGCUGAUUAUAUGCUUCUUUUAGCAUUUGGUAUCCAGGGAGUUUUCUUGUCCUAAUAAAGUUGCGCUCAGAUUAGGAGCACUGCUGUCUGCCACAGUGCCAAGUUUUCCAUGGCACUUUGCUUCUACAAAUUUGUCACCAUGAAAGUUUAAAGAAAAGCGUAAAGCUAUUUAAAUUUGAAACGUGUGCAACUGCUUGCGUCUUGUAUAAAGGCCUUGUGUGCAUGAUUAAUUCAGAUCAGGAAAGCAAACACGAUUUGCGGCAUCCAGCAGCCCGCUUUUGCGAGAGCCAGUUAAAUUCCAUCAGGGUAAAUUUGCAAAUUUGUGCACAAAUUCAUAAGUCACACACCAGAUAUAUUUGUAGAAUAUUUGUGCAGGUUUUAAUGCUGUUUUAUAAGGACUCGCACUGGCCUUAAGACCUUAAUUGGAGGAACACUGCACCAGUCGUCUUGUGGCCUUGAAGCAUCAAAUCACAAAGACUAUAAAAGUUAACCCCAUUGUUGACAUUUUAGCUUGCCAGAUUAGCAGUUCUGGUGUGUUUUCUGCAGCUACGUCUGCAAGAAGACGCGAGUCAUUGGCAAAGUAGCUUUACCCUCAUUUUUUGUCCCUUUUUCUGUUUAUUUUUUAAUUCAUUUGGACUUUUUGUGCCAAUCAAUCACAGGAAACCUUCAGUAUUAUAUUUUUUUUCUCACAAAAUGAAUCCUAAACUUUCAUCCACUGUGUUAUGCUGAUGAGUAUUAUUACGUUGAUCUGUUGUGCAUUGUAGAUUUCAAAGUAACAACUCCUCCCUCAAAGUAGCUUAGGCCAGUACAAGUGGUAUACUUCUGGAUGAGGUCCUAAAGCCUCAUUGUCUAAGAUGUAAGAAUAAUUUCUGUUUUAGAGUAGCAAAAUGUAUCCUGUUUCCUACGACAGCUGAUCCUCAGCUUGGAAAGAUUUUUUUUUUUUUUUUUCCUUCCUCAAAGUGCCAUUUAAAGAGACAUUUUGUUGAUUUUAACACAGUGCCUGCAUGCUUACAAUUUUCAGAUUCGUUGAUCUGCUUAUAAUUACUUAUACUUCAUAUUUCAUAUAUUUAAUUUUCUUUAAGUUUUACAAGACUGUAGCUUUUACUUUCUACAUAAAUAAACAAUCUUUGUUUACAAAAG